ACACACACACACACACAUUAUAUAUAUAUAUAUAUAUUUCUAUUGAAAUAUUUUCUAUUAAUUUUAUAAGUAUAAGUUACCUUUUAAAAACCAUAGUAGCCUAAUCAUGGUAAAGGUACUGUUUGGCCAUCAUAAAGUGAACACAGGGUUAGUGUUUGGUUGACCAGUGAGAGGUUUACUUUUGUGCAGUAAAAAGCUCAAAAGAACAACUACCUAUCAUUGUCUGGACUCUUAUUUGUGUUCUUGUAAUCAUUAUAGUAGAAACACAAGGGACAAGCGUGAUAAACAUAUCAAUGUUUGUUUACAGCCGCCGCCAUUACCUCACGUGUUGAUCAUGAAUGCAGUGAAAGUGUGCACUGUUUGCAAUCGCGUACAUAAGAAUACCAAAAAGCGCGUCGAGUUUCCUGACUCGUGUGUUUGUGUAUGUGCGUUCCAAUCGCGUGAAAGGUUUGACGGAAGAAAACACUUGCGUCUGGAGAUACUGACACACAUACGCAAGUAAAUAAGGAUUUAGAUGUCAUGUUUGGUGCAAUCGGAUGAAACAACAAGGAAUGGAGAGACUGGAUUGUGGAUUGCGUAUCCAUUGACUGCAGGAGGCACGAGUCAUGCAUAUGGAUGUCUCUGCUCAUUCACUUCAACAGCGUGGGGGUGUGGCGAUCUCAUCUCAUUACAGUUAAACAGGUAACAGGAGAAAGACGGUACCUCUCCUCCUUCUCAUACAGUUUACACCGAAUGACAAUAUCUGUUUUCAAACAUUAGGGCUGAAACGAUUCCUCGAGUAACUCGAGUACAAAAAAAUGAGCCUCUUUUAAUUAUUUUAAAAACCCAGGUUAUUCUGCAAAGGUUACUUUUAUUUUGAAACAACCCGCUUACUGUUCAUCCCCCACAAAGCGGAAGGAGACGCACGGGUUGCGGUGUUUUGAUUUGAGGGCGCGUUGUUUGAGGGUGUUUUGAUUGAUAGUGCAGGCUGCAAAAUGGAAGGGAACGAUAAAGAUGGCAAUGAGGAAAGAGAAGAAACAAACAAGAAAAAACGACAGAAAAUGUCCAAGGUUUGGGACCAUUUCAAAUUGAAAAGUAAAGAAAACGCUGUGGCGUGUGUCCAUUGCCAGAUCGAGCUAGCAUACCACAACAGCACGUCGUCCAUGCUGCAGCAUCUAAACAGAAACAUCCACUCUACUCACAGACAGGAGGACCAUCACUCGAGACGAGGUAAAUUUAAUGUAUCAUUAAACAAAUGUGAUUGCUAGUUAAGAUGAAUGCUAUGUAACGUUAAGGGAUAAACCACAAUGGCCAGUGCAAUUCUGUGAAAAUGUACCGCACGACGUAUGCGGAGGUGCCCUUACAACAACGGAUAAUUUAAGAGCCUAAGUUAUACCAAGCAUACUUAGUAAAAAAAUACAUUUACUGUCCAGAAAAAGCUGUGAAUGGCUCUUAGAAUGAAACAUACUACUAGAUACUUUUUUAAUACAGUGGCUUGGAUGAAUACUUAGUUGUUUGAAUACUGAAUAAUACAUUGUUGUAACGUUAAUCAGCUGUGCUCCAAUACAGCAGGUCUUUUAGUUUGAUUGCAAUAAGGUUUAUAUUUACACAGUCAUGAUAACGAACUAAUAACUUAGUUAUACCAAGGGUACUUAGUAAAGAAAUACAUUUACUGUCUAAAAAAAGCUGUGAAUGGCUCUUACAAUGGAACAUACUAACAGAUACUUUUUUUUACAAUGAUUUGGAUGAAUACUUAGUUGUUUGAAUACUGAAUAAUACAAUGUUGUAACGUUAAUAAGCUGUGCUCCAAUACAGCAGGUCUUUUAGUUCGAUUGCAAUAAGGUUUAUAUUUAAACAGUCAUGAUAACAGACUAAUAACUAACUGUAUAAUAAUAUUUUGUAUUAUUAAAAAAAUAUUAUGAAUUAUUAUUUUUUUAUAAUUAUAUUUAACUUCUUUUUCAGUAAAUCAUCACAGCUUCGUAUGGACAGAUAUGUGCGGACAGCUACUUCAUGUUCCACUGAGCAAGCAGCUGAGUUUUCAGACAUGAUUUUAAACAUGAUCGUCACAGACAUGCGCCCACUGUCCAUGGUGGAGGAUGAUGGCAUUAAAGCGAUGAUUUCCACUUUCAAUCCCAAGUACGAGCUUCCUUCAAGACCUUCUUCAUGAAAACGAUUGAGACAAAGUAUGAUUGUAUUAAAGGCAAGUUGAAGAAAUCCCUGCAAGAGACUGACAGCAUUGCACUCACAACCAGGGCCGGAGUGGGACUCAUUUUCAGCCCUGGAGUUUCAUGCCUUAGACCGGCCCACUUUAGUUCACGACUGACUAUUAAAAUAAUAUCUUUAAACCCUCAGUAGUAUAAGUCUGCAGUAGUGCACUGUUCUCUGCAGCCUUGCAAUUCACUGUAUUUUUCAAAUAAUUUCAUAUUCCGUGCAAAUGCAGUAAACAAUUAUAUUUUUUGCCAUAAUCAUGCAUCCCUACCAUAAGACCAUAAUAUUACUAAAGUAAACUUAUUCAAAAACUAAAGGAAACAAAUGUGUUUGUGUUUUCCUCUAUAUUUCUAUUUCUAAAAAAUGGUGAGUCUUGAGAUUAACUGUUGGGUUGAUAACGUUUGGAAACCCCUGAUAUACAAUACACAAGCAAGAUUUAUCAAGAAUGCAUUGGAAACAAAUGGAAAAAAUCUGUAUCUUAUUUUUUUAGUACUUAGAUCAUGUCUAUUGCUAAAUAACGUAGGCUAAGGUACAUUGUGUUAAAAAAAAAAGAAAACAUAAUGGAUAUACUUUUGAAACGACUUUUUUCAAAUAAACUAAUGAGUUUUGCAUCAAAUAGAUUUUUGUUCCUUGCAAUAAACGAUGAAUAAUGACUAUUCAUAGAGAGUUCAUCUAUGACUUGGAUAAAAAAAUACGUUUUGUAAAUUCUUUUCCUUUUAGAGACCAGCCCGUUUGUUAAAAGACGCGCUCAAGUUUAUUUAAAAUAUACACGUCCUGCGUUUCCCAUGCGUUUUAGAUGUCAAUGAACCCUAAUGCAAGAAUUCUUCCAAUAAGUGGUCGGGACUCGGGACACAAUCAACUUGUGCAUAAAGCGGCGGGGACAUCUCUCACCCGCAAAUACGCGUCAUCCCGGUGGCAUGACAACACCGGCCCUCGUGGCCAAAAAAAACAGACCGGCCCACCGGGAAUCCUCCCGGUUCUCCCUAUGGCCAAUCCGGGCCUGCUCACAACUGAUAUUUGGACGAGCGUUGCAACAGAGGCUUAUCUGGGAGUGACAUGUCACUAUCUUGGGGAGGAUUGGGAAAUGCUGUCCCACUGCCUGACAACGAUGCCCCUUGGAAAGAGACACACUGCUGCUAAUAUUGCAGAGUGGAUUGAAGAUGUAAUUUCCAAAUUCGACAUUCCACCUGAAAAAAAUCAAGGCUGUUGUGCACAACAAUGGUGCUAAUGUCGUAGCAGCAGCAAACAUUUUGCAAGAAAGACAUGGAUGGGCAUCAGUGAGAUGUGCAGGGCACACCCUCAACUUGGUUGUACAAAGCUCUCUAAAGAUCCACCAAGCUAUCUCCAAGUGCGUGGCUGCUGGGAGAUGCCUUGUUGAACAUUUUAAGAAGAGUGAACUUGCUUGCACCAAGUUGAAGGAGAAGCAGAAGCAAAUGGGCACCAAGACAAAUAUGCUGGUGCAAGAUGUAUGCACACGCUGGAACAACACCUAUCAGAUGUUGUCCAGGCUGUUAGAACAAAGAUGGCUUGAAACUGCUGCACUCUCUGACCCAGCAGUGACUCAGAAAGGGAAACACUACCUUGAUCUCAAGCCUGAACAGUGGAACCUGAUAGGGGAGCUGAGCCAGGUUCUUGAGCCCUUUGAAGCAGCUACAGUGUUUCUGAGCGGACAACACUAUGUUACACUCUCUGCACUUCCACAGCUAGUGCACAAACUUAAGAACAACAUACAGACUCCAGAUUUUGAGACUGCACCAGUGAGGUCAUUCCAGGCCCAUGCAACAGAACAGAUCACUGCAAGAUGGCAAGGCUUGACAGAGUUUACACCUGAAUCUCCAAACACCACCCUGCUUGCUGCUGUGCUGGAUCCAAGGUUUCGAAAACUAGAGUUCUUGCCUUCUGACCAAGUAUUCAAGGUUCAAAGCACAGUACAAACCAUGGCUCUUGCUGUUGCUGCCAAAAAGCAACCAAAGCAGCUCACUGCUAGUGAAAAUGGAACAUCCAGCACAGUACACGACUCCCCAGAAGCGCAUGCCAAGAGGGUCACAUCAUUCCUCGACAUACUGGGAUCAGACUCCAGCUCCAGUGAUGAAGAAGAGGAGGAGCAGCAGUUAAACCAAGCUGUGCAGAGAGAGAUCUCGAUGUUUUUCGGAGAACAUCCCCUGUCCAAGAAGGAAAAUCCACUGUCUUGGUGGAUGAUGAAUGCAGCGCGCUAUCCAACACUGGCAAAGCUGGCAAAGACCGUGCUGUGCAUUCCGGCCACAUCCACGCCAUCAGAGCGUCUGUUUUCAUCAGCAGGAAACAUUGCUUCAAAGCGUAGGGCAAGGCUCAGUUCUGAGCAUGUUGACAUGCUUACAUUUCUUCAUUGCAAUCACAUGCUCCUUUAAAGACUUGCACACACGUCAAAAGAAAGACAUUUAUAUUCUGAUGAAUAUAGGGGCACUACUCAGUAUAUGAAACCAUGCAUGGACUCUUGUUCCAAGUUCUUGUCCACAUGUUUUUGACUCCUUAAUACCACAAAGCAUUCCAAGAAGACGGUUAAGGCUUUUGUUAUGCCUGAGCUGUAGAUUGGGAAACAUUUAGUUUUGAAAGUUAUGUUGCACGAAGGCAGAGUUUUUGUAUUAUUUAUUUUAUUGUAUGCCUUAUUUUUGAUUCUCUAUAAAACUAAUUUGAAAGUAAUUUAUUUUUAUUUGUUUUUGCAUCCCAGAAAAUGCUUUAU